AGUUAACUCUGCGCUGCGGAACGGGCACGAACAUCGCACGCUUGUCUCUUGGCGCUUUCUAUGGCGCUGCUUUGCACUGUUCAACGUGGAUACAAAUCAGCCGAUCGAUGACCACGCUGUCAACGGACGCGCAACUCUAACGGCGCUGGGCAUUGAGAACGGCACCAUUCUUAAGUUUGUGCAUCGCGUCAAAUAUUUUGGUCGCCGGCGACAAAGCUAAAAAGAAACAAAAACAGCAAAAGUUUUCAAAUCAUCAAAUGAACAGUAAUGGAUCAUAAUGUGCAACUAUUUGGCAUUUUGCUGCUCUACGCCUUGAUGCGUCUCUUGGCCGCUGCUGCCUUUGAGGAUGGCAACAAUAACAAUGUGAAGAUCACGCAACAUAGCCUGCAACUCACGCAAACGAUAAACUUGCAGCGCCAGGAAUUUAUGCAGCGGCAAUGUGAUCUUAUCGGCGCCGACAUGGAAACUAUCGAGGAUCUAACCGAGCUGCAAAUGGAUCACAUGAUUGUGGACAAAGAGCACAAGCUGCUCUAUUGCUAUGUGCCCAAGGUGGCGUGCACGAACUGGAAGCGGGUGUUGAUGCUGUUAACGGGCAAGUGGCAGAAUGGCACGGAUCCGCUACAGAUACCUGGAUCGCUGGCGCACUCGUCGGGCAUGUUCAGCAAAUUGUACGAUCUCAGCGAGGAGGAGCGCGCCCAAGUUCUUGGCGACGACUACACACGCUUCAUAUUGGUGCGGCAUCCGUUCGAGCGACUGCUCUCCGCGUAUCGUAACAAGCUGGAGGGUGGUUCGACGAGUGCGCGAUACUUUCAGUCUCGUGUGGGUCGGCAGAUUGUGCGGGAACUACGCCCGGGCGCCAGCAACGAAUCCCUCGACCAGGGCAACGAUGUACAGUUUGGCGAGUUUGUGCAGUAUCUGCUGACGCCGGAGCUGAGUCGCAGCAAUCAGACGGACUACAACGAGCACUGGGAGGUCAUCGCCAAGCUGUGCAAUCCCUGUAUCAUGAAGUACAACGUUGUGGGCAAAUACGACACUUUACUGGAUGAUUCCGCAUUGGCGCUGUAUCUGGCGGGUGCCAAGAAUUUGACAUUCCCCACGGGCCACAAGCCGUCAAGCACGCGUGCCAAUCUGCGUAAUUAUUUUGAUCCGCUGCCCAUUGGCGCCAUACGGCGCCUGUAUGAGAUCUAUGAGGAGGACUUUCGCCUGUUUGACUACGGCAUGGAUGAUGUUUUAGGCUUUGAGUUCGGCUAAUUACACAUUCAGUGUUAUAAUAUGUAAAUGCUCAGAUACUUUCAAAUCAUUUGCACUGUGAACAUGACGCUUUCCACUGGAAAACUUUGUGAUUUUAAACUAAGUUUAAUUGUAA